GUGGUUGCGUGUUAAUGCGCUGCUGCGGAUGGUGAUGGCCAUGAAGCCGCUGGUGCCGACACCCGUCGGCGGCGUGCCCUCGUCCAAGCCGAAAAUCGGAUUCAGCAUCGACUCGAUCGUCGGCAUGCCGGACAGUUCGCCGGCCAACAGCACCAACAGCGAGCCGUCGCCGAGUCCGCAAUCGUCGUCCGAGCGGCCGCCGAGCCGAACGGCCAACACGCCGCCGAGCCACUCGGUGGUGCGGCCGGCGGCCUCCAGGGACGCCGCCGCCGCCCUGUUCGCGGCCAGCUUCCCGGAGACGCACCCCGCGCUGGCGGCCCACUUCCAGGCCAACCUGGCCGCCGCCAUCGCCCACCAGCAGGCGGCCGCCGCCAACGGCGGUGGCGGCGGCGGCUUGCCCUCGUCCGGGCCGCCGCCUCCGCCGCACCACCACCAGGCCAUGCACCACCCCCACGGGCCGCCGCCAGUGUUCCUGCCGCAGCAUCACCAAAUGCCCAGAGACUCUUACCCUUUAUACCCGUGGCUACUCUCGAGGCACGGCAGAAUUUACCCACACCGCUUUCCUACUGGUCCAGACAUUCCUGGCUUCCUGCUGCAGCCCUUCAGGAAGCCCAAGAGGAUACGAACGGCGUUCAGCCCGAGUCAGUUGUUGAAGUUGGAGCACGCGUUCGAGAAGAACCACUACGUCGUCGGCGCCGAGAGGAAGCAGUUGGCGCAAUCACUCUCGCUCACUGAAACACAGGUGAAGGUUUGGUUCCAAAACCGGCGGACGAAGCACAAGCGGAUGCAGCAGGAGGAGGAGGCCAAGGCCCAAGCGGCCGCCUCAGGUAACAAGACGUCGCACCACGUGACCAAGUGGAAGCAGGAGACGAACCAGCCGACGGACAUGUCCCGUCCGAGCAGCAACAGCAGUAACUGCAGCACCGGCAGCCGCCACCUGGUGGACAUCGAGCGGGAAGACGACUCGUGCGACUCGAUGCGCUCGGACAUUUGAGUCGUGAGUUAGUGCUCCUCGGAGAUAGAGACUCCCGAAUGAAUUAAAAAAAGAAGAGGCCAAGCAAUCUUAGUCGGUGUUACGACUAAUAUAUCGUGAACGUUGCCAUAUUACUUAUCGAGCUCACUUGACUCUUUUAGUGCCACUGAUCAUGUGUAUCUGAACAUAUGUGUAUAGUUUUACCCCGGUAGAGAAGAAGCUCAGCGCGCGCGUUUAUUCUCAUUCACCUACUACUAAUUGUAAGGAUAAAUAGAUUUCAGUUUUUUUUU